AUGUACCUGCUCACUGUGUGGGGGAACCUUCUCCUCAUCCUGGCGGUCAGCUCAGACUCUCACCUCCACACCCCCAUGUACUUCUUCCUCUCCAACCUGUCCUUGGUGGACAUCUGCCUCCCCUCCACCACCGUCCCCAAGAUGCUGUACAACAUCUGGACACAGAGCAAAGCCAUCACUUAUGCGGGCUGCAUCACCCAGAUGCAUUUCUUCCUGCUGUUUGCAUAUAUGGAUGACUAUCUCUUGACCGUGAUGGCCUAUGACCGCUAUGUGGCCAUCUGUCACCCCCUGCACUACACAGUCAUCAUGAACCCCAGGUUCUCUGGACUGUUGGUUCUGGGGUGCUGGGCCUUUUCUACCUGUGCCUCUCACCUCUUGGUUGUCUCCUUAUUUUACUGCACAGUUACUGGGGUCCACAUUAGUUCUUUGGGCACUGAGAGUUCCCACUCAAUUGCUCCAGCCUCAGUGCUGUACACUGUGGUCACCCCCAUGCUGAACCCCUUCAUCUACAGUCUCAGGAACAAAGACAUCAAGGGGGCUCUAAAAAGAUUCUUCCUGAUGGCCAUGAUGAAAUGA